GGCGUGGCGCGCCCGCCGCCGCAGUGACGUCACGGCGGCGGAGCGCGGGCUGCCGGUGCGCGGCGAUGGGCGCGGCGGCCGAGGCGGACCGGACGCUGUUCGUGGGGAACCUGGACCCACGCGUCACCGAGGAGCUCAUCUUCGAGCUGUUCCACCAGGCGGGCCCGGUAAUUAAAGUGAAGAUCCCCAAGGACCGGGAUGGGCGGCCCAAGCAGUUCGCGUUUGUGAACUUCAAGCACGAGGAAUCCGUCCCGUACGGGCUGAACUUGCUGAACGGGAUCAAGUUGUACGGGCGGCCCAUCAAGAUCCAGUUCCGAUCAGGGAGCAGCCACGCAUCCCAAGAGGGCAAUCAGUCUUGUUCCCCACACGGCACCACCGGCACCAGCCCCUUGGGCGCACCGCACCCGGCAUCCACCGGCGGCAGAUACGACAGGAGUCCUGAUGGCAUGGUACCAGUGGGGUUCCCGUCGGCGCAGCGGUCUCAGCCGCCAGCUGACAACCUCCAGAGACAGGCGAUGCUGAACAGCACCCCGUGGACGCAGCCUCAUUUCGGGGGCAAGUACGAGCAGCCCGGCUUCACCCCGGCCGGCUACCAGCACCCUGUGCACAGCUACCACCCCACGCCAGGCUGCCCGCUGCCACGGCGCCCGGAGCUGCUGCGCAAGGGCCGGCUGGGUGCCCACCCCUACCACGCCGACGGGCGGCACACCGGCCGCGAGCAGCCCCGCUUCGGGGAGCGCGGCCACGACCACGAGCACCGGUACCGUGCCAGCAGAGAGGAGCCUGGCUACGACGACCGGCACCGGGAUAGCUGGAGCCACGACUACCGGAGAGAGGCCAGGUGGCACCCGGCGCGGCAUUAGCCCCUCGGAGGGGGCUUCAAUGGACUCCAUGGCACAGAAAGCCCAAUCCUUUUCUUACCAAGUAUAUGUACAAAAACCCACACACACAACCCGCCAGCGUUCCCUUUUAAUGUUUGUAUAAGUCCCAGCAGCAGUCCCGAAGCGGGCAUGUCCCCUUUGAACACGUUAAUUGUACCUCAGGGCUUUUCACAAGGGGAACUGGCGUUUUGGGGCAGCGGCAGCCGUUCGCUGGUGUGAUGGAGAAGCUGCCAGCGCCGUUCGUGUUCCGUGGGAGGGGGACAUCUCCAUUUCCUGGUGUCUGAAAUCUCUGGUGGUGUCAUUGAUACAGAACACUCGAGUGUCUCAGAGAAAAGCAUUAAAUCCUCCCUGGAAA